CUACGGACUCCUUUAGCCGCCGCCGCCUCUGUCUCGACCCGCCCCGCCCCGCCCCGACGCACGCAAUACCGGCUCAAGUCUUCUCCUUCGAAGUGCCCUUACGGGGAGCGAGAUGUUGCGGCGGAACACGAGGCUGAGGAGAGAAUAUCUCUACCGCAAGAGCUUGGAGGGGAAGGAACGCGAGUACUACGAGAAGAAGCGGAAGAUCCGAGAAGCCCUCGAAGAGGGGAAGCCCAUCCCGACCGAGCUGAGGAACGAGGAGGCCGCUCUCCGCCAAGAGAUCGACCUCGAAGAUGAAUACACCGCUGUACCAAGAACGCACAUCGACGAUGAGUACGCCACAGCAUCAGAAAAGGAUCCAAGGAUUUUGUUGACAACAUCUCGUAAUCCAAGCCAACCUCUUACUCAGUUUGUCAAAGAACUCAAAAUUGUCUUUCCCAACUCAACAAGAAUGAAUCGUGGUGGUCAGGUGAUCUCGGAAAUUAUUGAAUCUUGUCGUGCACACGAAUUCACGGAUGUUGUUUUGGUGCAUGAACAUCGGGGUCAACCAGAUGGUUUGAUUGUUUGCCAUUUGCCAUUUGGUCCUACUGCAUACUUUGGCUUGCUCAAUGUGGUGACGAGGCAUGAUAUUAAAGAUAAAAAGGCAGUGGGAACAAUGUCUGAGGCUUAUCCGCACCUAAUUCUUGACAAUUUUACGAGUAAGCUUGGCCAAAGGACUGCAAAUAUCCUUAAGCAUCUCUUUCCAGAGCCUAAGCCUGACUCCAAACGCAUAAUCACAUUUGCCAACCAGUCUGAUUACAUCUCCUUCAGGCAUCAUGUAUAUGAAAAACGUGGUGGUCCUAAGUCUGUUGAGCUAAAGGAGGUUGGUCCUCGGUUUGAAUUACGGCUUUAUCAGAUCAAGCUAGGGACAGUUGAUCAAAGUGAAGCCCAGAACGAAUGGGUCAUAAGGCCGUAUAUGAACACUGCCAAGAAGCGAAAUGUUCUUGGAGAUUGAUGGCUAAUUUGAUACGGAGUCUAUCUUGGUUGUUUGAUUGUUUAAUUUUUCUCUCUUUUUACCUAAACAUUUGUCAUUUUUAUCUCCAGUAUUAUCUAUGUGAUGCCCGACUUCAAUGUCGGGGAGUUGUCAUCUAAGCUAAAUACUGAUGAUCAUAUCUGCUAAUUUCUGAAACAAUUUAGUUGGCUUUUGUGGCUUUGGUGGAGCA